AGAGGAAUAUAUUUUGGGCCAAAAGACUGAUUUUUGACACGACUGUCAUUUAGUGUUAUGCCAAAAGUGGAUGUCAUUAAAAAAAUUCAUCGUAAAUUUUCAGAAGUACUUCCUGUUGAAACGUGAACCUGGCCCUCGGUAUCACACACGAGCAAAAGUCGCGAUAGGGGGACUAUUUGAAAACAAGUUAUUAAUGGAAUAAAAUUAGUGAAUGCGUGCGCACGGAGCCGGCCAGCUGAGAACAGAUCAAAUUUAGGGUACAUACGUAAGAGUGUACUUCACAAUUACCAGCCAACACCAUUUCUAACUGCUUUGGGGCCCUUUUGCAACCAUGGCGCACUGUAUGCGAGUUUUGCAUCGCCAGGGUGGCAAGGCCAGCAGUGCUUUGCUGACCGAAAUCCAAAUAAGAUGUUUCCACGUUUCGCCACUGGCAGCGGCCGCCUCCAAAGUGGCUAUGAGCAAAUUCGACAAGGACGGACUUCCCUAUGAUAAGCUAAUCAAAAAUCUAGAAAUUGUCAAAAAGAGGCUCAACCGCCCCUUGACUCUUUCGGAAAAAGUGCUCUACUCCCAUCUGGACGACCCCCAAAAUCAGGAUGUCCAACGUGGCACGUCUUAUUUGCGCUUACGCCCGGACCGUGUGGCUAUGCAAGACGCCACCGCCCAGAUGGCCAUGUUACAAUUUAUUUCCAGCGGUUUGAAACGUGUCGCUGUCCCAUCAACCAUUCACUGCGACCACUUGAUCGAAGCCCAAGUGGGCGGCGAAAAGGACUUGGCCCGCGCUAAAGACCUCAACCAGGAGGUUUACAGUUUCCUAAGCAGCGCCGGUAACAAAUACGGCGUCGGUUUCUGGAAACCGGGCUCCGGAAUCAUCCACCAAAUCAUCCUCGAAAAUUAUGCCUUCCCUGGCCUUCUCAUGAUCGGCACCGACUCGCACACCCCCAAUGGGGGCGGUCUGGGCGGCCUGUGCAUCGGUGUCGGCGGCGCCGACGCCGUGGACGUCAUGGCCAACAUCCCCUGGGAGCUGAAAUGUCCCAACGUGAUCGGUGUCAAACUCACCGGGAAAUUGGGCGGUUGGACGUCCCCCAAGGACAUCAUCCUGAAAGUGGCCGAUAUUUUGACCGUUAAAGGGGGCACUGGCGCUAUCGUUGAGUACUUCGGGCCUGGGGUUGAUUCCAUUUCGUGCACCGGGAUGGCAACCAUUUGCAACAUGGGGGCUGAAAUUGGGGCCACAACUUCCAUUUUCCCGUACAAUAGUCGCAUGAGCGACUACUUGAAGGCCACCAAGCGAGGGGAGAUCGCCGGAGAGGCUGAUAAAGUUAAAAGUGCGCUUUUGAACCGUGAUGAAGACUGCACGUACGAUCAAGUGAUUGAGAUUAAUCUUGAUACGCUUGAACCGCAUGUUAAUGGGCCGUUUACGCCCGAUUUGGCGAAUCCGAUCAGUAAGUUGGGAGAAGCGGCGAAGAAAAAUGGGUGGCCGGUUGAUAUCAAAGUCGGGUUGAUUGGGUCGUGUACUAAUAGCUCGUACGAGGAUAUGGGCAGGUGUGCGAGUAUCGUCAAAGAGGCGAUGAAUCAUGGGUUGAAAUCGAAGAUUCCGUUCAAUGUCACGCCGGGAUCGGAGCAGAUCAGGGCGACGAUUGAAAGGGAUGGAAUUGCCAAGACUUUGAGGGAUUUCGGAGGCACGGUAUUGGCCAACGCUUGUGGCCCGUGCAUCGGGCAAUGGGACCGCAAAGACGUGAAAAAGGGCGAAAAGAACACCAUUGUAACCUCAUACAAUCGUAACUUCACCGGUCGUAACGACGCCAAUCCGGCGACACAUUCUUUCGUCACAUCACCGGAGCUGGUCACAGCUCUAAGUAUUGCGGGCCGAUUGGACUUCGACCCCACUAAAGAUGAACUGACCGGAAAAGACGGCAAGAAAUUCAAAUUGAGUUCGCCCUUCGGGGACGAACUCCCUACCAAAGGUUUCGACCCCGGUCAAGACACCUACGAAGCCCCCGUGGCUGACGGAAGCACCGUCAAGGUUGACGUCAGCCCCACGUCACAGCGGUUGCAACUGUUGGAACCUUUCGACAAGUGGAACGGGAAGGAUUUGGAGGAUUUGGUCGUUUUGAUCAAAGUCAAGGGGAAAUGCACGACUGAUCACAUUUCGGCAGCUGGGCCGUGGCUGAAGUACAGAGGGCAUCUCGAUAAUAUUUCCAACAACAUGUUUAUUGGCGCGACAAAUGCGGAAAACGGCGAAAUGAACAAGAUCAAGAACCAGCUGACGGGCGAGUGGGGCGCAGUCCCCGACGUUGCGCGCCACUACAAGGCCAACAAAAUAGGGUGGGUGGCCAUCGGCGACGAUAAUUACGGGGAGGGAAGUUCGCGGGAGCAUGCCGCCUUGGAGCCCCGACAUCUCGGCGGUCGGGCCAUUAUUGUUAAAUCUUUCGCGCGUAUCCACGAAACCAAUCUCAAAAAACAGGGGCUCUUGCCUUUGACGUUCUCAAAUCCCAGCGAUUACGAUAAGAUUCAACCUACCGAUAAAAUUAGUCUUAAAGGUCUCGCGAGUUUAACUCCAGGGAAGCCCGUUGAGUGUGAGAUUAAACAUGCCGAUGGAAAGGUCGAGAAAAUUUUACUUAAUCAUUCGCUUAAUGAGCUACAAAUUGGGUGGUUUAAGGCCGGAAGCGCGCUCAACAGGAUGAAGGAGUUGGCGGCGUCGGCGUAAAUUGAUUCAUGAUUUUCUUGUGGUUUAGAAAGCACUUGAGGUACUUUUGUAUUAUCCGAUUGUAGAGUCAUUGAUCAAUUGUGCUGUACAUAGUUUUUAUUCCUUUUUCAAAUUUUUUUGUGCAAGUAUAUUUAAUAAAACAUUUGACAAUAAA